GGCUCGGCCUCUGGCUCAUUCAGAGGCGGCUCUCGCCUCCCAUUGGCUGCCGCCUCCGUGGCGGGGCGGGGCUCCGCUGCCCGGAAAAAAAAUGUAACUGCGUAAAAAAGUCCUCGCCUGGGUGACGGAUGCUCAAAAGUUCAGAAGUUUUCCCAAUGCUUCCUUAAGCGGCCGGCGCAAGAGACUGAGAAAAGGUGACGCGGGGGCCCGGGAAGGCGGCCGGCGCGCUGCCCCCGCCCCUGGUUAUUUGGCCGCCUUCGCCAGCAGCCCCGAGCAGUGUCUCCUGGAAGGCGCAAGCAGUGUGGCGAGCCGGGCGCCUUCUUGUUUUUUUGGAUUUUUUUUUUUUUUAAACUUUUGUCUCUUUUUUUGCCCUGACUGCGCCUGGAAGUUUCUCUGCGCGUUUCUCCGAGGCGGCUAGCUGCUUCUUGUCCGCCCCCUCCCUGUGCAGCUACCCUCCCUAGCUGCCCGCGCGGGAACCGAGGGGGGUGCGAGGCGCCAGGCGAGCGCUGGGAGAGGCCGAGCGGCCCCGGGCGCAAGGAGGCGGUCGCGGCCGGGACAGACACAGCCCGGCGGGGCCCGCAGCAGCUCGGCGCGGCCCGGACUCGGACGACUCGGACUCGGACUCGGCGGCCGGUGCGACGCGGCCCGGCCCGAGCGAGGGUGGGGGGCAAGCGGGCUGCGCCGGGCGGCGGCGAGCCGGGGCCAUGCAGGCGCGCUACUCCGUGUCCAGCCCCAACUCCCUGGGAGUGGUGCCCUACCUCGGCGGCGAGCAGAGCUACUACCGCGCGGCGGCGGCGGCGGCCGGGGGCGGCUACACCGCCAUGCCGGCCCCUAUGAGCGUGUACUCGCACCCCGCGCACGCUGAACAGUACCCGGGCAGCAUGGCGCGUGCCUACGGGCCUUACACGCCGCAGCCGCAGCCCAAGGACAUGGUGAAGCCGCCCUACAGCUACAUCGCUCUUAUCACCAUGGCCAUCCAGAAUGCCCCGGACAAGAAGAUCACCCUGAAUGGCAUCUACCAGUUUAUCAUGGACCGCUUCCCCUUCUACCGGGACAAUAAACAGGGCUGGCAGAACAGCAUCCGCCACAACCUCUCGCUCAACGAGUGCUUCGUCAAGGUGCCCCGCGACGACAAGAAGCCAGGCAAAGGCAGCUACUGGACGCUGGACCCGGACUCCUACAACAUGUUCGAGAACGGCAGCUUCCUGCGGCGGCGGCGACGCUUCAAGAAGAAGGACGCGGUGAAGGACAAGGAGGAGAAGGGCCGGCUGCACCUCCAGGAACCGCCGCCGCCGCAGGCCGGCCGCCAGCCCGCGCCCGCGCCCCCGGAGCAGGCCGAGGGCUCCGCUCCCGGGCCGCAGCCGCCGCCCGUGCGCAUCCAGGACAUCAAGACUGAGAACGGUACGUGUCCCUCGCCGCCCCAGCCCCUGUCCCCGGCUGCCGCCCUAGGCAGCGGCGCCGCCGCCACGGUGCCCAAAAUCGAGAGCCCCGACAGCAGCAGCAGCAGCCUGUCGAGCGGGAGCAGCCCCCCGGGCAGCCUGCCGUCGGCGCGGCCGCUCAGCCUGGACACUGCGGAACCGGCGCCGCCUCCACAGCCCGCGCCGCCGCCGCAUCACAGCCAGGGCUUCAGCGUGGACAACAUCAUGACGUCGCUGCGGGGGUCGCCCCAGGGCUCGGCCGCGGAGCUAGGCUCGGGCCUCCUGGCCUCGGCGGCCGCGUCCUCGCGCGCCGGCAUCGCGCCCCCGCUGGCGCUGGGUGCCUACUCGCCCGGCCAGAGCUCCCUCUACAGCUCCCCCUGCAGCCAGAGCUCCAGUGCGGGCAGCUCGGGAGGCGGCGGCGGCGGCGGCGGGGGCAGCGCAGGGGGCACGGGGGGCGCAGGCACCUACCACUGCAACCUGCAGGCCAUGAGCCUGUACGCGGCGGGCGAGCGCGGCGGCCACUUGCAGGGCCCGCCCGGAGGCGCGGGCAGCGCGCCGGUAGAUGACCCCCUGCCUGACUACUCGCUGCCCCCAGUCACCAGCAGCAGCACUUCGUCCCUGAGUCACGGAGGGGGCGGCCAGGAGGCCAGCCACCAUCCAGCGGCCCACCAAGGCCGGCUCACCUCGUGGUACCUGAACCAGGCAGGUGGAGACCUGGGCCAUUUGGCGAGCGCAGCGGCGGCCGCGGCGGCCGCGGGCUAUCCUGGGCAGCAGCAGAACUUCCACUCGGUGCGGGAGAUGUUCGAGUCGCAGCGGAUAGGGUUGAACAACUCUCCGGUGAAUGGGAAUAGUAGCUGUCAGAUGGCUUUUCCUGCCAGCCAGUCUCUGUACCGCACGUCGGGGGCUUUCGUCUAUGACUGUAGCAAAUUCUGACCCCCAUCCCCGGAACUCUCAGAGCCGAACGGAAUGGAACCCCAGAGCAGGAACAGUAAAAGAACCCAGCAAUGCAAAAUCGAAACUAAAAACAUACAAAUUUUAAAACUUGAGAAAAUUCAUCACACCAGCGAACAGAAUCUCUCCCGAAAUUCAACUCACCAGCACUAGCUCAAAGAAAACCUAUUUUCCUAAAAGAUUAACGCAGAGCCUCAUUCACUUUGCCUUAUCUAAGUAAGCAAAACGGUAAACUAUUUUGUACAGACAGCAAAACCAUGGUUUAUUAAAGGUCAGUUUACUGCAGAUACCACGUAAGUUUCCUCUUGCGUUCAGAGACUUCCCUGCUCCUUCGUCUUGUCCCUCUGCCUUGCCUCUCACCUGUAAGAUAAUAUUUUAUCCUAUGUCGAAAGAAGGGGAAAGUCCCUGUUUAUGAAAAUCGCUUUCUUUUUAUUCAUGGACUUGUUUUUAAAUGUAAAUUGCAACAUAGUAAUUUAUUUUUAAUUUGUAGUUGGAUGUUACGGACCAAACACCAAGAAAGUGUUCCAAAAGCUUUUAAAGUUAAAUUGCCUGAAACUUUAAAAUGUGCCUUUUCUCUCGUUAUAAAAAGGGAAACUGUAUUAAUCUCAUUCUUUCAUCCUUUUCUUUUUGUUGAUCAUAUCCAUUGUUUGUUUAUAAAUAAAUUGCCAUUCAGUUUGAAUAAGACCUAUAUGCCUGGAUACUUUCAUACAGCUUUAAUAUAAAGAAAGGAUUUCAGAGCAGAAAUUGUAGAGUUCUCUGUUCUCUGCCAGAUCUCUGAAAUGUGGAGAAAACCUCCUCUAGUUCAUGUCAAAUUUCGCUGAAAGCAUUUUUUUUAUUGUUUAGAAGUUUUUUUUCCCCUACAGCAUUUUCUGCAAGUGUACUAUAUAGUCAGCUUGCUUUAUGGCUAUUAAACAGAUAAUUUCCUAAACAGAUCUGAGUUGGCAUAUGAACAAAUACUUUUCCUCAGUAACUACAAAACAUGAUUUGGCAAUUUUUAAGCCCAUGAAUCAGCAGCAUUGUUAGCACAGUGGUACCUGUGUGCAGAGAUGCCUCAAGAUACUCACAGAUAAGUAUUGGCUUUCAUGUCCCACAUAGAUUGCAAUGAGUAUUAUACAUACCUGUGAGCCAGAUGCAGAAUAGAUUUUUUUCUAUUAAUUCAUUCCUUUGUAAGAGGAAAAAUAAACUAGUUUUUAAAUGUAUGUAUAUAACUCACCCACAGUUACAAUUCUUCAUGUACCACACAGAAGGAUUUAAUAUAAAUAUGCUGUGGGUUGGAAAUGGAUAUUUAAUCCUGGGGAAACUUUUUAGAAGAUAUGUUUUUAGAACAAUUAUUUUUGAACAUUUACAGCAAUAACCAGAAGGAAGAGUAAGAAGGCAGAAAGAACAUUAGUCUAGGGUGGUUUCUUUUCAAACCAAUUUUUCUUGUUAAUUUACAGUUAAACCUAGGGGGCAAUCCGGACUGGCCCUCCCCCUCCUUUUGUAAAUAACCCAGGAAAUGUAAUAAAUUCAUUAUCUUAGGGUGAUCUGCCCUGUCAAUCAGACUUGGGGAGAUGGCGGUUUGAUUACAGACAUUCAGGCCUUCAGUUUGUUUUCAAGAUAAAGCAGGUUCCUAUCUGCCGCUCCUAUCUAGAGGCAACACUUAAGCAGUAAUUGCUGUUGCUUGUUGUCAAAAUUUGAUCAUUGUUAAAGGAUUGCUGCAAAUAAAUACACUCUAAUUUCAGUCAAAAA